CAGGAGCCAAAGCAAAAACUCCGUAGCCCCAGAUGUCCCCGGCAGGGACAAACAGCCCGGGACGUGGACAGAACUCCCCGCGUGGCUGCUCCGCUGGCUGCGCGGCCGUCCGGCCCAGCGCUCGCUGGUAUCACAUGCUGGGCGCCGCAUCACGUGGAGAGCAGGAACCGGCCCCGCAGAGCCCGGCUGCGUCGCGGUGCCGCUGGUGGCAUCCGGGACCUUCCGCCUCCCAUGGCGUCUGUGACCCAGCAGCAGGUGCAAAAGUUCCACGAGGACGGCUUCCUCGUCCUAGAGAACUUUUUCACCGCGGAGGAGUGUGACAGCAUGAGGAACCAGAUCGGGAGGAUCGUAGCGGAGAUGGAAGUGCCACCGCACUGCCGCACCGCCUUCUCCACCAAGGAAGAUGAGCAGCUCCAGGCACAGGGUAGCUCGGAUUAUUUCCUAACCAGCGGGGACAAGAUUAGAUUCUUCUUUGAGAAAGGCGUUUUGGAUGAGAGAGGUAACUUUCUAAUUCCAAAGGAGAAAUCCGUCAGCAAGAUUGGCCACGCGUUACAUGCUUAUGAUCCUGUCUUCAAGCAAAUCACCCACUCCACCAAGGUGCAGGAAUUGGGAAGAAAACUGGGCCUUGAGAGACCAGUAGUUGUGCAAAGCAUGUAUAUCUUCAAGCAACCCGGCAUUGGUGGUGAAGUGACCCCGCACCAGGACGCCACCUUCCUGCACACGGAGCCCCUGGGCAGGAUCCUGGGGUUCUGGAUCGCCCUGGAAGACGCCACACGGGAGAACGGCUGCUUGUGGUUCAUCCCCGGCUCCCACACCGGUGGAAUUUCCCGGAGAAUGGUCCGUGCAGCGUCAGGGUCCUCAACGUGUGUCGAGUUUGUAGGGUCGGAGCCGGCCUACGACGACAGCCAGUUCAUACCUCUGCCUAUAAAUAAAGGUGGACUCAUCCUCAUCCACGGUGAGGUCGUCCAUAAGAGCGAACUGAACAGCUCGGAGUCUUCUCGCCACGCGUUCACCUUCCACGUGAUGGAAGCCAAAGACACCAGCUGGAGCAAAGAGAACUGGCUCCAGCCAACUCCUGAGCUGCCUUUUCCGUCGCUCUACACUUGAAGGUAGCGCUUGGCUUCUGGAGCCAACAGCUGAUCAACGUUUCUUUCUGACCAUUUGUUCAUGUUCCCUUCAAAUACAACUUCCACUAGAUCAGCUCCCAAGAUUAACUUCAUCCUCUCCUCAGAACGAGGGCCCUCGCCACCGCUGAGCACACCUGCACUUACACAGGGGCUUCUACUACAGCACGAGCCCCAGUAAUGUGAAAACAGUCACCCAGUCCUUUUAGUAAGGAAACUCCCUCAGUUUUGAGAACACACCACUCAGGACCAUUGCACCUUGACUGGGACCAGUUAAGAAGCAUUUCUUCUUGCAGAUUCUUAGUGUUUUCUCCUUUUUUAAGUCAAGAGCGCAUUUCGUGGUUGUGUCAACCCCAGCAAUGCAGGCGAGCGUGUCGUGUAAAGGUGGCUGACUUCCACCUUCUGGUCUCUGUCCUAUUGUGUGAAUAACAGUGAUUUAAAAUAACUCUAUUGUGGGCAAAAUGAAGCAGGAAGUCUACUUUUAUAAUCAGUCUAAGUAUUUCUAGCAAACUGUAGCUGAGCGUUUGAUUUCUGGGUGUGUUGAUUUAAAAUAUUACAGUUUUUAAAGAUUCAUGUUGGAAUUAUGAAAAUGAAAACCUCCAAACUUCUAACAUUUAAAUAAAAAAAAUUGAAAUUCUC